UUUAUUUAUUUAUUUGCUGUCACAAAUGCUCAAGUGUGAUCACAGAAUAGGAAAGAAGCUAGGGGACAGCAUUUAGCACAGGCCCGAGCCCAAGAUUGAUGUUUUCAAAGGAACAAAUAUGUAACGAGGAAAAGGAAAAUCUUUUUAUCUGCAAGGUUGGUAGUUUGAGACAACUUGCUCUCUGGUUGGGAACUACCAGCCCAUACUAAUAGUUCAUUUUACGUAAUGCCAUAGAUAUUAAGGAUUGAGUGGGGAGGACUGCCAUAUCUAAGAUUUGUGUGAUUGAAAUUUUCACAAGUCAUACUUUACCCAUAGCAUUACUAAAUAAAGGAACCCUAGGGUGAAUCCUUCUACAGAUCCCUCAGUGUGUCUUGAAUUUUGAUAUUGAGAGUCUGUUUAAAACGGAAUGCACAUAUUUAUUUGGUUUUGGCUUUACCUUGGAGAUAAUCCUGAGUCAUGCUUUAGAGAAGUUCCUUCUGUGAUCAACAGCUCGGAUGUCUGGUGGUCUCUAUAAAAGCCAGACGCUCCUCUUUACCUGUAAUUUUGUCUUCUGGAGCUCCGGAGAAAGGAGGACCCGGGGAGGUGGGAAGCAGAUUAAGAGGCCUUCUCUUCCAUGUUUGCCUUGUUUCCACACCAGGGCUCUAAAUUACUUGUGUUCACACACUCAAGUUUCUCAAUUUACCACAGAAAUCUUGUUUAUGCUACUGCCACUAGUAUUUUCACAUUUGUUUAAUACUUGCCAGUUUACAAAUGGUGUUCUAUUCAUGCUCUUGCUUAUUUUCUCCUUUUCUGCAAAGAAGCAGCUGGGUUUAAAGAGGGAUUUAUUCGGGGUCUCAUAAUUAGUAAUGGAGCAGAAGUGGGAUACAUAUCCUCUCUGGGGAGCAGUUCUCUUUCCUCUGCACUGGCCUGCGUGUGACUUCAGAACCCCUAGUCCUGAUCUGUUACCCUGCAGGUCGGUUGUUGCCUUUGUGUUACGACUUGGUGGUAAAACUGUUUUGUGGAAGGCGGUAUUAUCCCAUUUUAUUUUGUAGAAACUGAGGGUAAGAGGUGUCUUCUGAUUUUGUGACUAUUUGUGAUAGCUCUUUAGCUUUAAGGUCAUGUUUUCAACGUAGAGCGCCUUUGCUGUAGACUGCAUGGAGAGAGGAGAGAGAAGAAACAAUUCGUUUUAGGAAAAAACCAUCUAUUUCUGUGUUGGUAUGGUUAAGGAUAACCUAACACCAUAAUCACAUUCUCCUUGUGUGCCUGGCUACUUGUGUCAGCCUGUAUGUGAACGUCAACCCAAAAGACUCCUUUAGAUGUUGCUGAACUAGUUACUAUAAAAAGUAUUUCACUUUCAAACACCCAUGUUUCAAGAACAGAGGAAUUCCGUACAAAGGUAAUUUUGAAGUUUCCCUGGAACCUGGGCUCCCUGAGACGCAGCGCUGGAGCAGAUGGAUAAUGGAGACUGGGGCUAUAUGAUGACUGACCCAGUCACGUUAAAUGUAGGUGGACACUUGUAUACAACGUCUCUCACUACAUUGACACGUUACCCGGAUUCUAUGCUUGGAGCUAUGUUUGGGGGGGACUUCCCCACAGCUCGGGACCCUCAAGGCAAUUACUUCAUUGACCGAGACGGACCUCUUUUCCGAUAUGUCCUCAAUUUCUUAAGAACUUCAGAGUUGACCUUACCCCUGGAUUUUAAGGAAUUUGAUCUGCUUCGGAAAGAAGCAGAUUUUUAUCAGAUUGAGCCCCUGAUUCAGUGUCUCAAUGACCCUAAGCCUUUGUAUCCUAUGGAUACUUUUGAAGAAGUUGUGGAGUUAUCUAGUACUCGGAAGCUUUCUAAGUACUCCAAUCCAGUAGCUGUCAUCAUAACUCAAUUAACCAUCACCACCAAGGUCCAUUCCUUACUAGAAGGUAUCUCAAACUAUUUUACGAAGUGGAAUAAGCACAUGAUGGACACCAGAGAUUGCCAGGUUUCCUUUACUUUUGGACCCUGUGAUUAUCACCAGGAAGUUUCUCUCCGGGUCCAUCUGAUGGAAUACAUCACAAAACAAGGUUUCACGAUCCGCAACACCCGAGUGCAUCACAUGAGUGAGCGGGCCAAUGAGAACACAGUGGAGCACAACUGGACUUUCUGUCGGCUGGCCCGGAAGACCGAUGACUGAUCUCUAAGCCUGGGAGAAGUUCCUGGAAACUGACUCUCCAGGACAUGGAAGAGACUGAUUUUUUUUUUUUUUUUUUAAUCACAGUGUGGGAAUUUUUUUUUAAUAUUUGUAUUUAUUUGAAGGCAUUGAGGACCAGAAGGAAGUUUUGUGCUUUAGCAGACUCCUCUAUGUUUUGUUCCCUUUACCUUGAGUAUGCAUGUGCCUGUUCAGAGCCUCCAGAUACCUUUUUUAUAAAAAGAAGUAUGAAAAUCAUUAUGGUAUAUAAUCUACUCUUAACAGAGCUUUUUUUUUAUUACAGUGCUACAAUGAUUUCUGAUUAAAUGGUCCCUAACUUAACUAGAAGGCUAAAAAUGCAGGCAUGAAAGAAUAAACAGAGUACUCAUGAUGCCUUUGAGAAAAAUCAAAACAUCAUGUAGGGUGACCUAGUUUCCAAACCAAUAAGCAGUAUUGUAAUAUUAAAGGAAAACUGUUCCAAUCAUUUAAAAGUACUUGUUAAGUACUGCUUUUUACAGUUAUGACAACUGUUUCUUUCUAUGCAUAUAAAUCAAGCAACCAAAUAUCUGUAGCCAUGGAAAUGUCUGACUAGAAAUAUUUAUAUUGGAUUCUGAAUACAAAAUGUCCCUGUGGUAGAACUCUUACUUCUUAUGCCUGGUGCAGUAUAAUUCCCAAGUGUACUGUCUAUACCAGGAAAAAAAAAAAAACUAAUAAAAAAUG